AUGGAAUUGGCCGAAACCUCACAUUCCAUGGUCGAUUAUAUUGUGGAGAGGUUUUGGGAUACGACGAAUACUUUUCACUUGCCUUUUGGUGAGAUUGGGUUCACACCUCUUGAUUGGGUCAUGCUGACAGGGGUGACUAUUGGUGAUGGGCUUGAGGUUCCGUAUAAUUCUGAAAAGUACCAAUUUGAAUAUGUCCGUGAUAAUAUUUUUCCAUAUAUCCAAGAUGCCUCCCUUUGUCCAACAGGUGCGUCGUGGAAAUCUAAUUUAAUUAAAGUUAAAAUUCUGAGUUCAUAUUUCGUACCAGAAAAAUUAAGUGCGGCUGAAAAUGAUAAAGCCAUUGCUGAAAGAGUAGCAACUGCCUUUUUUAUGUAUGUUUUGGGACAAUUUUUCUUUACUAAUGCAAAGAACUAUAUUGAUGCGGAAUGGUUAUCUACUUUUCAAGAUCUUGAUGUAGUAGGCACAUAUGAUUGGGGUUCUACCGCUUUUUCGAGAUUGUAUGUGGCACUCCGUAUAGCAGGUAGGAAGCGGAAGGGUCUAUGCGGGCCCUUCCAAGUAUUAGAGUUUUGGGGCUACAAAUAUUUGGGCAUAUGUUCACCCGGGAUAGUCGAGCCUAAGGAUGAUCAACCAAUAUGGCCUAGAAUUAGUAGGUGGAAAGGAAAGAAGAAGAUGGUUGAUAUUGUUCGUUGUACAAAUUUAGUUAAUAAGUUGACCGCUGACCAAGUUACAUGGCAACCCUGGGAAUCAUGCAGACAAAUCCUUGAAUCUGAUAUUGGAAUAAAAACUUCUACACUCUCAAACACAAGGGUUAUUUUUUCUUGGAAUGGCGUUGUGAGUAUUAUUUAUGCUUUUUAUGAGACCAUUAUUAUUAGUUUCCCGAUAACACCGUUAUGA